AUGUUUGCCGCUCAAGCGAAUCGUCUCCCUCUUCUGCUGGCCGCCUUUGGGGUGAUCCUACUUGUCGCCACCCUCUUUCACCACUUCGAUGGUGUGCUGGAGUCGUGGAGGAGCUCUCUCAGCGCUGAUGGAAACCAGAAACAUCAUGAGUCGGCAAUUCACACUGCUUCGAGACCGUCGUUCUACGAAGUCGCUCUGUCUUAUGGCACGGACAAGGUGACUGCUCAUCACUACCACCACAUGUAUCAAAAGUACCUUUCAACAAUGCGAGAUAAGCACAUCAAGAUGCUCGAGAUCGGACUGGGCUGCGACAUGAGCUACGGCCCUGGAGCAUCGUUCUACACCUGGCUCGAAUACUUCCCUUAUGUCGACCUGUACUUCAUCGAGUACGACGCCGCCUGUGCAGAGAAGUGGGUUGCCAACACCACCGAAGCCACUAUCUACACCGGCGACCAAGCCGACGUGGACUUCCUGAACUCUUUCAUGGACGAAGCCGGAACCAACUUUGACAUCAUCAUCGAUGACGGUGGCCACCGCAUGAACCAGCAGAUCACCAGCCUCGAGGUACUGUGGAAAGCUGUGGUGCCUGGCGGCGUCUACUUCUGCGAGGACCUCCAAACGAGCUACUGGGACAACUACGGUGGCGACAAGAGCAACAGCGGGAAGAAGAAGACAAUGAUGGGAAUGAUCAAGGAGCUGCUCGACGAUUUGCACGUUGGACCGGGCGGACACAAGCGGAAGCACGAGGUCAGCGUGGACAUGGCUUUCGUCGAUUGCAUGAAGGAGGUUUGUGCUUUUGUUAAGAGAGAGUCUUGA